UCCAUGCAACACUAUACUCACUCAUUACUCACAUUACGCUUUUCUACACUCUUCUUCCACGCACCCAUGGCUUUUUCUCACGACUUGGAGGUGGAAUCCUCUUCUCCCCCUCUUGUGUUUGACGUGCGGAGGAGCGAACCAGAGCUGGUGGCUCCGGCCAAGCCCACUCCCCGCGAGAACAAGCUGCUAUCAGACAUAGACACCCAAGCGGGCCUCCGAAUCCAAAUUCCAAUCAUACAGUUCUACAGAAACAACCAAUCAAUGGCAGGGAAGGACCCGGUUAAAGCCAUUAGACACGCUCUCGCUGAAACCCUAGUUUUCUACUACCCGUUGGCUGGAAGGAUUAAGGACGGUCCUGACGGAAGCCUGGUGGUGGAUUGCAACGAGGAGGGUGUGAUGUUCAUCGAGGCCGAUGCUGAUAUUACACUCCAACAAUUCGGUCACACUAUUAAACCCCCUUUCCCGAACUUCGAAGAACUCCUUUACCAACCUCCCGGUUCGGAAGCGGUCACUAAUACACCCAUUUUUAUUAUACAGGUGACGCGUUUGAAGUGCGGUGGUUUCAUCUUGGCGCUCCGUUUCAACCACACCAUAGUCGACGGAGUUGGCGUCUUUCAGUUCGCAACUACCAUGGCAGGGAUAGCUCGGGGAGUCUUGCAAGAACCUCCAUUCGAACCUUUGUGGCAUAGGGACCUUCUCAGAGCCAGGGACCCGCCACGUGUCACAUUCAACCAUCGGGAGUACGAGCAACUCACAGACUCCGGCGACGCCGUUCAACAGAACUUCGAGCAACGGUCAUUCUUCUUCGGCCCGGCCGAAACUGCCGCCAUCCGCGCCCUCCUCCCCCGUGACCUCGACCAGCACGCCACCACCUUCGAGGUGUUGACGUCUUACGUCUGGCGCUGCCGCACAAGAGCGCUUCAGUUCAAUCCGAAGGAGGACGUCCGAAUGAUGUGCAUCGUGGAUGCGCGCGGCAAGUUCACGUCGGCCUUACUGACUAAUUAUUAUGGUAGCUGCUUCGGGUUUCCGGCAUCUGUGGCCGCCGCCGGAGAGCUUUCCUCGGAGCCGUUGGAGUAUGCGGUGAGGCUGAUACAGAAGGCAAGGAGCGAGGUGAGCGAGGAGUAUGUUCACUCGGUGGCGGAUCUGAUGGCGACUUCGGGAAGGCCUUUGUUUACUGUGGUGAGGUCGUGUCUGGUUUUGGAUACGACGGAUAUUGGAUUUAGAGAUUUGGAUUUGGGGUGGGGGAAGGCGGUGUAUGGAGGAAUGGCCGUUGCUGGUGCUGGGACGUUUCCUGCAGUGAACUUUCAUGUCCCUAGUCAGAACGCGAAGGGAGAGGAAGGGAUUAUGGUUUUGGUUUCCUUGCCUUCACAGGUUAUGAAAAUCUUUGCCAAAGAGUUGGAUGACAAUUUGGUUAAGACCAACACAACAAUCUAGUUAAUCACAAGUGUUUAUUUGGUGUUACUGUUCAUUGUUGUUGGAUUGGAGCAUCCAUAUGUAAGAAAUAAAUUUGUGUGUCUGCUUUAAAAUAUAAUAAAGCUCUUAAUUAAAAAUCUA